UCCCCUCAUUCUCCGUCUCUACUCGUCUCACGGCUUCACCCAUUUGGACCCCAAAGGCUCCCCGCUCAUGGUGGACGUCACCGGUAAAUCCCCGACCGUCCGAGAAGCCGUCGCGACGGCCUCCGUCAAAGUAGGACGCCAGCUCGCCGAGCUCAUCCAAUCGAACGGCGGUACGAAGAAGGGCGACGUGCUCAAAGUAGCCGAAAUCGCCGGCGUCGCGGCGGCCAAGCGCACCUCCGAGCUCAUCCCUUUGUGCCACAACAUCCCCCUGACGGCGGUGGCGGUGAGCUGUCGCGUGGACGAGCCUCGCGAGGCGGUCGAGAUCCGGGCGAGCGUCCGGUGCGAGGGCAAGACGGGCGUCGAGAUGGAGGCGCUGACGGCGGCGAGCGUCGCGGCGCUCACCGUCUAUGACAUGUGCAAGGCCGUCGAUAAGGGCAUCGUGAUAGCCGAGGUGCGGUUGGUGAGGAAAAGCGGUGGAAAGAGCGGGGAGUUUUUCAACGCGUAAGAACGAAGGAAAAGGGACAGAAAAACUGGACAGAAUUAAACGUAAUCGAUCGGACGGAAUUGUAAUAUGAGAUCUAACAAGUUUCAUUAAAGUAAGGUAAGAACAACAUAAUAGAAAUAAUUAAUCCUACAAUUCAAAAUUCGCUCAACUAAGCGUAGAUUUACCUAAAAU